AUGUGUGUGGAGUAUGCCGCCCUCUGCGACGACGAAGCGCUACAAUGGUGUCGUCUCGCCUAUGCAAGAAAUCUCCCUAGAAAGAAGUCAUCGGCUUCGAAUACGACACGAAGUGCAUCAUCACUGAGCUCCUCAUCUUCAUCAUCAGAUGUCGAUGAAGUGCUUGCCAGACGCGACUCGGAACGUAUCGCCUCGAUGCUGCAGGAUUUACGCAGCAACAUAUCUGAAAUUGAACUCGGAAUGGCUCUGAGUAUUGGAGACAGUACCGGUGAGAAACUGGUAUACUAA